GAAAAUUUACUUAGCCCACCGGUUUUACCUGGAGUAAGCAAAACUUGCACGGAAACUUUUGAUGACACCAGCAGUUGUAAAGUCACUCAUUCAUUCUCUAGAAUAAACCGAAGUUCUCGCCUUUUGGGAAAUGAAGUUAAUUUUAUCAUCUCAGUGACACACUGACAAUUAAAAUUACCAUUCACUGCAAGAAAUUGUGUGCAGCUACACAUUUUGCAUUUUUUGCUGUAUUAAAAUGGCUACCAAUCUCCAGGGAUUUGUUGCGCUGGUUACCGGCGGUGCUUGCGGCUUGGGACGCGCAUCGGUGGAUUUGUUAGCUUCAAAAGGUGUCAUCGUGUUUGUCCUGGACAUGGAGCAAGUUAUCAAGAAUCAAGAGCACGUUAAAUCCCCUGGACAAGUGCACUUUCGUGCCGGUGAUGUCACUUCCGAAGAAUCCGUAACGAAGAUACUGGAAGAAAUCCGUACGGCAUAUAACCGACUGGAUAUUGUGCUGAACUGUGCGGGAAUAAUGGCCAUUGAACCUCUGUAUGAUUUCAAAGCCGAUAAGCCGUUGCCGAUGGAAAAGUUCACUAGGAUCUAUAACGUUAAUGUUUUCGGAACCGUCAACGUUGCCCGGCUGGCGGUAGGUCUGAUGGCCAAGAAUCAACCGGAUGCAGAAGGUCAGCGUGGCGUCAUUAUCAAUGUGGCCAGUUGUGUGAGGAAAGACGGACCAGCGUGGCUAAUUGCUUAUAGCAGCAGUAAAUCCGCUGUCGAUGGGAUGACCAUUCCCAUGGCACGGGAAUUUGGACCACAAGGCAUUCGUGUUGUCGCUAUCGCUCCCGGGCCUUGCGGAACGGGGAUGGUCCGGCAGUUCGACGGCCUGGAGGAUGCAUGCGUUAACAUUGCGGUUUGCCCCAAGCGAAACGGAAAACCGGAAGACUUUGCCAGAUUGGUCCAGUACACCGUGGAGAAUCCUUAUAUCAAUGGCACAACCAUUGCCCUUGAUGGGGGAUUCACGAAUCCCGUCUCUCUUGCGCCACCAUGACUCUGUUAAACUUUACCAUCAGUGUAUUUCUCAUUCUCUGAUAACGUUCUUAAAUUUCUGUCAAAGUUUCCUAUAAUACUGCAUGCAGCUAAUGGGGCAGUACUGACGUACGUUACAUGUUUCAUCAGGAAGAACUUAGCAAGCUGUCGAAUAUCCAGAUUCUACGUACACUUCUACUUUUUUGAUACGUAUUAGGUGCGCAUCUUUUCGUAUAACGCAUUCUCAUGUACUGUAUUUGCGUUAGGUUUGAUUCGACAACAUCCUGUACACAUAUCAGUACGCU